UUUGUUACGGGUCACGCUCUAAAAAAAGGCCAAACUGAAAAAGAAAACUCAGCUUUUUGGUUUAUACUCGAGGAUUGGUGUAUUCAUUUAGGUUUUAGAUGUAAUAUCUGAAUGUGAAUUGUGGAUCAUACCGUCGUCCAGAAUGUCGAAGGAAUUCGAUACCAACUUGCUCGGCGUCACACGACCGCCCCCGGAAAGCUGCGAUGAAAGAGGAAAACGGCUGAAAUUGGAAGAGGAAUCAGAAUCGGAAUCUGAGUCUGAAUCGGAACAGGAGUUGGAAUCGGAUUCGGAACAGAAAGGAUUCCCUUAUUGGGAUUACACAACGAAACCAUAUGAAGAUCUGGUGUAUGAAGACUUCUCAAGCCGGUUUGACAAUAACCCUAUUCCUUUUCGUUUUAGAUGUUCCCGCUUUUACUAUAGGAAUAAGGCGCAGAUUAAGAAAGACGAUGAAGAGGCUAAGGCAGUGGCUGAGUAUUUACGAGACUCUGCUAACAUAAGUCCCUUCGAUGCUAUCCCUGUUCCACCCUUAGCAAAUGUAUCUGCCAAUAACUUUCCCAAACCCAUUACUACCAUGAACGAUGAUGCUCGCACCUGUCUCACAGAACUCUCCAAGCUUUCUUUGAAAACGUACAAUAAUGACCAGGGUUCAGAUUACCAGUUUCAUAACCUUGUCAAAGCAUGCCGAUGUCACACUCCUUUUAUUACUUAUUACAUUACCUUUGAAGCAAAAGAUGCUGCCACACAUGUUGAUCCUUUCAACAGCCCUAUUAUAACUUUCCAGGCCCAGGUCUGGAAACGGUUUACCAAAGAUGGACCGCCUAUUGUCGAUUCGUGUUCCAUUAAAACCUAACUCCAAGGGACAUACGUUUUUAAUUUUCGGAAUAGUGAACACCUCAGGCAAUUUGUUUCUGAAUUAGAGAGGUCUCACUAAAGCAUUGAUAAAACUUACAAGUUUGCAUACUAUCCGGAAGUAAAGAAGUAUGAACAACCUUGAUUGGAAUGACAUGCCCUUCCUUGUUCAAGACUCUAUCUUACAAAGAAACAAGUUCUAAAGUUAUUUUAUCAUAAAUUUUUAAGAAAUGCUCUUUCCUUGUGUGUUAGGGCCUGUUUGGAUCCCUUUCUAAAAACAGUUUUUUUGUUUUUAAAAAUUAAAAAAUUAAAAAUGUAUUUGGCAAACUAUUUUUAAAUUAUAAUUUUCAAAAACUGUUUUGUGUUUUUAAUUUUUAAAAACUAAAAAAGUAAAACAGCUUAAACAUGUUUUUAAUUUUUCAAUUUUGGUUUUUUAAACACAAAUGAAAUUGAAAACAAUCUUCUCUCACACAAAAAUGCAGCAACGAAAAAGUUUCACUCAGCACUUUCCACACGAUCUUCCAUUUUUCACUCAACAUUGAUUCCACACGAUCUUCCAUUUUUCACUCAGCACUGAUUCCACAAGAUCUUCCAUUUUUCACUCAGCACUGAUUCCACACGAUCUUCCAUUUUUCACUAAUCUUCAAUUUCUUCUCUACAAUUUGUGAUUGGGAUUUUUUAGUUCUAAACAGGUUUGAGAUUUUGAAAAAGCAUGAAGAAUAAUAGCUAUCGUCCGUAUUUUGCUGCGCCAGACUCCUCCUCGACCAGGCCUGCCUCUUCCUCGAUUGCACCUACUUCUAUUGGGGCAUCUGCCAUUGCUGCACAGGUUCUAACCAGAAUUGAUAUUGAUGAAAGUGAUGAUUCUACUUCUGAUGCAAGUGAUGAUGAAUUCGCAGAAUUUCUCUUUAAUAGUAUGAUUUAUAAUUAUCAUCAGAAAUACUUUAACAAAGCAAAGGUGUUGACAUCUUCGUUGACUGGUCGUGAGUUUGUUGCUGAAGUAUUAAAUGGAUCUGGAACAAGUUGUUUUGAUUUAUUUCGAAUGAAGAAAGAAUGUUUUAUUAAUUUUUGUAAUGAAUUGAGGGAGAAGAACUACUUAUGUGACUCAAGAGAUGUGCUUGUUGAAGAGAAGGUUGCUACAUUUUUAUUCAUAAUUGGUCAUAAUGUUCGUCAUAGAGUUGCUUCAAUCCGCUUUCAACAUUCCACUGAAACAAUAUCACGCAAUUUUAAGGAGGUAUUAAGGGCAGUUUGUCGAUUUGGAAAGGAACUAAUAAAGCAAGAGUCCAAAGAGUUUCCUGAAAGAAUUAAAAAUAAUUCAAAAUACUAUCCUUGGUUUAAGAAUUGCAUAGGUGCGAUUGACGGUACACAUAUCAGUGCAUCGGUUCCUGCAGAAAAACAAAUUUCAUGUAGAGAUAGAAAGGCAACAAUCACACAAAAUGUCAUGUGUGCUUGUGAUUUUAACAUGAUGUUUACGUAUGUAUAUUCGGGAUGGGAAGGAAGUGCACAUGAUUCAAAGAUUCUUUUGGAUGCAAUUACAAAUCAAAAUGCUGAAUUUCCUUGGCCACCUAGAGGUUCAUUUUAUCUCGUUGAUUCUGGGUAUCCAUGUAUUGGAGGUUUUCUUCCCCCUUAUAGGGGUGAAAGGUAUCACGCACAAGAAUAUAGAGGUCAAGGUAGACAACCCAGAAGUCCGGAAGAGUUAUUUAACUAUAGACACUCGUCUCUAAGGAUGACAAUUGAGCGUUGUUUUGGGGUGCUGAAAAAUAGAUUUCCUAUUUUAAAGUUGAUGCCUCCUUAUAAGCCUUCUAGGCAACGACUCAUAGUUAUUGCGUGUUGUGCUAUUCACAAUUAUAUACGCAAGUGGAAUUUACCGGACGAGUUGUUUAGGAUAUGGGAAGAAAUGGAUCCUGUCGAACUCGAGGGAAUACAAGAAGGUCCUAUCAUAGAAGGAACAAGUUCCAAUGUCGACAACUUAACAAGAUUAUCUAAUGAAGGUGCGGCUGAAAUGACAAUGAAGAGAAAUCAUAUUAGAGAUGAGAUGUGGGUACACCGUAGCAAUUAAGUGAAUUAAUUAUCUCUAUGUUACAUUUUCAUACAAGCAACUUUGAAUUUUAGUGGUUAUUUCUAAAUACUUAUGUUAGUUUGAUUUCAUAUGUAUGCUUCAGAUAUUGAUAUACGCUAUAAAAUUUUGAUAA